UUCAGGCUCCUUGGAGAAUUUCUUUACUUGUGUAGAAGGCAUUUCCUCCCCAGUGAUAUCCAGCUGCAUAAUAAGACCUCCCUCAGCCCCAGUUGUUUCCUGUACAGGGCUCAUCAGCUACCUCGCCUUGUCAGAACAGUGCCGGACGGUCUGAGCAUCUGCUCACUUCUCCUGUCUUCCCAGUUACCCCGCACACUUCUCCUGUCUGUCUGUCUAUCUGUCUCUCUCUCUCUGUCUCUCUCUCUGCUCUGUUUAUUAGCAACAAACCUCGUAUAGAGCAACAAAAUCUGGAUUUCUGCAUCUGUCUGACUUUGUCCCACUCCGUGUCCGCCCGUCCAGCUGUGAUCUCACUCUGCCGUUUGCUGGGAGCUUUCUCUAAGCCGGCGGCGCUUCUGGACACAGGGUAAAGGAGCAGGACCAGCGACAGGAUGAAGGCUCUGCUACUGAUGCUGCUUGUGAUCGGUCUCCCAAUGGGACACUCAUAUCCAGUAUCCCAACUGUGUGACUUGAACAGUGAUAAUAUGGUCAAGUCGACCAGGUAUCAUUCUACAACCAUUAUGGGCUGUAUGGGAAAGUUUUCAAGCCAAGAAGUGUAUGUGCUUAAUGUACACGGAGGAGAUGGACUGUGGUCUCUGGAUAUCUCAAGAGAGAAACUGCAAGAAGAAGCCAACGAGAAGCCCGCGGUGCUUAUUGUGAACUCCAAUGUACCGUUCUCUAUCAAUGAUACCAGCUAUCCAGUCAUUUUACACGUGAAUAGCCAUAUCAAGCUUGCAGUGCAGCACAGUUUGCCACAAAAGUGGAAUAUGUCACAAGACGUUGAAUCGGUUAAUAGUAGUGAGGACCUGUUACGAUGGGCAAAAGACAAAUAUGCUGAGGUGACCUUCUUUGCUGAAUUGCAAGGUCCAAAUAAAAUUCAGCUCAAAAUGGAGACAGGUAACACUGGAGCGGAGACGUGUGAGCUGCAGAAUCAGUUCCGUGCUGACAGCAUUCUGAAAGCAGAGUAUCCUGUGGAUGUGAUGAGCUGUAAGAUACACAUUUCAAACCCAGAGGCUGUUAGGAAUAUCUACAUUGUACAUGUGGCUUACAGUGACCCCCCGACAAGUGGAAAUAGUAUAGACCUAUCAGUAACUGCCCUCGAUGGUCAAUGUGGCAAGGCCCCCUUAAUAUUUCUGAAGAAUGAGGCAGGCUACAUGUGGAACAUCCACAGUGAUUUUGAUGUUGGAGUUGUGGCCUCGGACAACCAUAUUCUGAAUGGAAUGCCGGUACCUGGGAGUAAAUUACCUGGAGAACGCGAUGAACUUAUAAUGAAAGCUAUUGGGGAUUAUAAUGGGAACUUUAAUAGCAUAACAUAUAUACAUAUGAACAAUGCCAUGUCUGUGACUCUCCCAGUGUUCUGUGUGAAGAAAGAAACAGUAUCUCCAACAGUGUCCCUGAAGGACCAGUGUGAGGAGUACUUUAAAGAUUUCAGCCGUUUGGAACCCUGGCGAUGUACAGACAAACACCUGAUCAUCACACUGGACCAGGAAUUCAUUCAGACAUGCGGAAUACUGGACCCCAAUAAUGUAUACUUUGGGAAUUCUAAGUGCUCAGCCAAGCCCCAAGGUGACUCUCUGGUAUUGAUCACCCACAAGGACGAAUGCGGUACUGAAGCAGCGGCUGGUAACCUGACCAACAAGCUAUUUAUACAGGGUGACACAUUUAAUAUUACUGAGACAGUCUUUUGCCAAAGUCCCGGGAUCCAAAUUCAUAUAUCGCAGGGCCCUGAUGCCAAUACGGCCACGAACACAUUGGGCACUGACCAGAUGAUUCAUGUAAAUUUGACUAUCAAGGGCAAAAACAUCCUGUUAGUAGACAAGUGUAUGCUGCUGGUGGGUGAGAAGGAGCAGAAAUUGAAAGAAUCCACUAUAGAAACUUCAGAUGGCAGCAUGAUCUGGACAUAUGACACGAAUACACUCGUUCUGCCGGAAGCUGCAAGCGCAGGAAACCUCACCUGUACCUUCUGCUUGGCCAGUGAGAGCAAAGAGGAUUGUCCUGAAACAAAUCUAAUGCAGAAAUCACUGGCAGUAACGUUCAACACCAGAUCGACCAAUCAGAAGCGAGGACUCAGCAUGGGGUCUGUUCUGGGAAUCACAUUCGGAGCAUUUGCCAUCGGAGCACUACUUACGGCUGUCCUGUGGUACAUCUAUACGCACACACGAUCCUCGGUUAAGAUGCAGCCAGUUCCAACACUAACUGGAGGAUCAGAGAACAGCAGCACAAACCACAGUAUUGACAGCACUCAGAGUACUCCCUGCAGUACCAGUAGCAGAGCGUAACCCGAGGCUGUGUAUUAGCAGGAGCACCACAUGCACACAGCGGACACAAUAAGCGGGGCCUAGCAGAUUAUGAAGCACUGUGACUCCAUUUAACGGGUCCCCUAAAAUACAGCGUACACUUUUCUAACGUCCUUGACAAAGGUUCCCCAAAGCAGUGAAUUCACUGUUAACCAUAUGUAAUCUACCUUCUGGCACCACUUAUAAUGGAUUUCAUGAAUCAAAGAUUUCAAGAAUCAAAAACACAGAAUUGAACUGUAAAUAGGACAUAGCCACCAUAUUACCUACUUGACAACAACCAAUGAGUCCAGCACAGAUGAGAAGUAGCAGUUUCUCAUUAAAAUGCCUGCGUGAGGAAACAAGAUGGCUGCAUGAUGAAACAAGAUGGGCGCAUGCAUCAGAGCUAGCUUGUGAAGGCAAAACAAAAGGUUCAACAUGGGGUUUGCAUUUACAUAUAAUGACUGAGAUGGUCAUCUUCAACAAUCAUGUAUUCUAACAGAUUUGUGUUUUUUUUGUAUAUCAUGAUGUAGGAGCUUGAUAUAUUCAUAGUUUUAACAUCAUAACCUACCCAUAUCAGUAGUGUAAAUUGUAGCAAAUGCAAUGUAAAAAAAUACCUCAGGAACGCGUCUGGAUUUAUGAGCAUCAUCAUUGGGCCUGCGUCUAGCAAUCACCUAUUCAUCCUGACUGUGCUCAUUGGCACAAAUAGUUUCAGUUUUAUUCUCAUUCCAUAUUUUCAUCCCAUAUGUAAUAUGUGGCUACAAUUACCCAGUUUAGCUAAAAAAAAAUAGGUAUGUAAUAUAUUAUUUUCUCAAAAUUUAGGAUGUAGGUAAAGUUUGCUUGUUAUCAUAUAAGUGAUGUUUCUAGAGGGUUUGUUACGGGAUACUGGCAGUCGGGAUGCCAGCAGCAAGAAUACCGACACCGUCAUCCCGACUGUUUGAAAUCCUGACAGGGGAACAGGAAGCAGCUAAUUCUAAACCUCCCCCUCCCGCAGCCUAACCCUACCCUCCCCGGGAUACUUACGUUCGGGAUUCCAGCUGUCGGGAUGACGGCAUUCUAACUGAUGUCGGGAUUCCGACGUUAACAUUCUGACUGCUGGGAACCGAACUACAUCCCGCUGCUAAAUACUGGCCACUUAACAAAGCUUACGACAUCCAUAGUAGCUCCCACAAUGUAUAAUAUUAUGACCGACAAUUAUAAAGGAGGAUGGGUGUUUUUGUAGCUGCACUGGACACAACAGAUUAAGUGGGAGACGUAUCAAGCCUUGGAGAGAGAGAAAGUGGAGAUAAAUAGUCCCAACCAAUCAGCUCCUAACUACCAUGUUACAGGCUGUGUUUGAAAAAUAACAGGAGCUGAUUGGCUGGUCCUUAAUCUCUCUCCAAGCUUUGAUAAAUAUCCCUCUAAGUAUAAAAAAAUACAUUGCCAUAAAUUAAGGAAAAUAAUAGAUUUUAGAAGACUGUAUUUUGAAAAUAACCAGGGUAACUAAGCUACAGCCUUAAGGCCUAGGUCCCUGAAAUCGGGACUUAACAAGCUCCUCCUACAAAAAUAUAUUGUCACUGACAUUUAUGUACAUAUCUCUCCCCAUCUGAAUAAUUCCCUUCAUAAAUCCCUGGACCAUUUGUCAGGCCUAUUUGGGUGCAAAAGUCUGUCAGAUUUUACUAGUCAGUAAAAAAUCUAGUCAGUGGUUCUACUUUUUAUUUAUUUUUUUACUGUGUAAAAAAAUAAGCAGUUUUUUCUUCUUCUAUAUUUUGGAUUUAUACAAUAACCAGUAUUGUUAAUAUUUUUUUUAUGAAUAUAUUGGGAUAAUGAUGGCUGCUUUCUACAGCUGCUGAUGGUUGUAUAUUAGGGAUAGGAUACUCCCUACUGUAAAUUAUAUGAGUUUUAUUAAGUCACCUAUGAGUUCCGUAUCAUGGGUCUCAGGAAUCUGAGGUGAUUGCUAAUAUUCAUAAUAAUUUACAGAAGUAGUAUCCUUCAGAACCGUAACUAUACUUUUUGGUGCCCUGUGCCAGAAAGAGAAUUGGCGCCGCCCCCCCCCCCCCCCCCCUCCCCCACCACCACCAUAUUUUUACAGUAGGGACAAAAGGCACAUGACUCGUGGGAAAGGGGCAUGACAAAAUUGAUCCCAGAGAAAGCCCAUGAUAUAAUGCCCCUUACCACAUUUUGGAUCUCUGGUCAGAAUAUGCCAGUUGAGCGCUCAUUCAUAUUUUCAAGUUAAGUUCAUGGAUGUUGUAUAGGAAUUAGCAACGGAAGGGGUGGGGGUAAGAGACAGGGGCAGUCAGAAGAUGCUGGGCUUCAAAAGGGGGGGAAGCUGCAAGUGAAAGUAAUUAGAACAGAUAAUUAACAAGUGCCGCCAACAGCGCCCCCUACCUUACAUCGCAAUGUGCAGUGCUCCCUCCGCACACACCUAGUUACGGUCCUGGUAUACUUAUCCUCAGAUUGCACAAGUUUUUGUAAUGGACACUUAUUUGAUGACAUCAGAACUCACAGAAUAUAAGCAAUGACAACAGAACUCAGUGUUUAUAUGACUAUUAAUUCCAGUUUAUACAUAUUAACAUUACUUUUGUAUUAUAAUGUAUAUUUAUUAAUCGUAUUAUUGUUAAGGUUGAAGAAAAUAUGAUUCAGUGAGUUUAGAAUAGACUAUCUAUAUAUAUAUAUAUAUAUAUAUAUAUUGGUAAUUGGUACAGUGUGUGUAUAACCUAAAUAUUGCACUUGCUUGAUAUGUACUGUACAUUCUGAAAUAAAAUUGUGUACCACAAUUUGCCACAAAGAAAAAGGUAUUAAAACUAUGGUGAAGAAAAUGGGAUGCACACGGCUUGCCGACAAUCAAAAUGUCAACAAGCAGUAUGUGGAUUCCGGAAGGCAGACACCGCUAUGUCGGCAAGUUUAAAAUACUACUUUAAGCAUUUUGCACAUGGCAGCAGUACAACUGUAAACCUAAUGGUAAUUUGCCAUGUUUACAGUUGUACUGCCGACGAUUGACACUUGCCGACAUUGAGGUACCUGCCUCCCAGGGUCCCCAUAGUACAAGUCGACAUUUUGACUGUUGGCAAGCACACUACAUCCGGAAGAAAAUUACUUUAUUAUGUAUGUAUAGCAUGUAGGAGUAUUUAUUACUAGCGAAGGUAAAAACUUAUUAAAGGGUUAAAAAAAAGUCACAUAUAUUACUUAGAAGUAUAUUUUGUCAGUAUUAAGCUAAUACAUUCUCAGUCAUUCAGGUUAUAUAUAUAUAUAUAUAUAUAUAUAUAUAUAUAUAUAUAUAUGUGGUUCUCUAGCUCUGUAUAAUUGAAAGGCGCCAUAUAAGAAACUGACACAGGCACCACCACAAUCAGGAUCAACUAACACAAUUAGGUCUAAUUAGGCCCAUUUCUAAUGAGACAUUCCCUCACCCGACUGAAAAUCACUAGAUGAGAUGUCAUUAUUGGUCAACUCGGCCAUUGUGAUGUCACUACUAUCUCUAUCGAGAUUUGAACUUUAAAGUUUGGUUGAGCAAUCCCGACGGAAUCAUGUGAAAACUUUUAAAUUUAAAGACAAUUUUAAUGACUAAAACAGUUCCCAGUCAUUAUCUCUGUGAACCACAGAUCAUGAAUUAGACUUCACAAUGGUUUAAUGUAUGAAAUGUAUCAGUUAAAAUGCAAAAUUGUAAUCAACAUUCCCAUGAUGGGGGUGAAAUAAAAUGUAAAAAAAUU